AUGGGCUCUCAGCAAGAGGGAGACGCCACCGCCGCCAUCGCCGACGCCGAUGAGGUCGUCUACCUCCACGGCGUCCUGGAAGCGACAGUGUUCGAGGCCGAGCACCUCCACAACGCCAUCCACGGCCGGAUCAUGGAGGCCACGGAGAAGAUUCAGGAGUCCCUAGGCGUGCACUGCCUCCAGCACAGCCGGCUCUACAUCGACGUCGACGUCGGCGCGGCGCGGGUGGCGCGCACCCGGGAGGUGGAGUUCCACCCCACCAGCCCGGCCUGGAACCAGUCGUUCCGCCUGCACUGCGCCUACCCCGCCGCGGCGGUCACCUUCACGGUCAAGAACCAGCACCUUAUCGGCGCGGGCGUCCUCGGCGCCGGGUCCGUGCCCGCCGCGCGCGUCGCCUCCGGACAGCCGCUGGAGUGCUGGCUCGACCUCCGCGGCGGCGAGCACGCCCAUGAGACGCACACGCCGAGCCUCCGCGUCCGCCUGCACUUCUUCGACGUGGAGCGUGACCCGUUCUGGGGCGCCGGCGUCCGCCUCCCCGAGUUCGCGGGCGUCAAGCCCGCGUUUUUCCCGGAGCGGACCAACUGCAGCGUCACGCUGUACCAGAACGCGCACCUGUCCGACGCGUUCGACCCGGGGGUCCGCCUCGACGGCGGGCUGGCGUACCGGCCGUCGCGGCUGUGGGAGGACCUGUUCGCCGCCAUCCGCGACGCGCGGCGGUUCGUGUACGUCGCGGGGUGGUCGGUGAACACGGAGAUCACGCUGGUGCGCGACGCGGGCCGUCGGGCGGUGGUCCCCGGCGCCGAGGGCGUCACGCUGGGCGAGCUGCUGAAGCGGAAGGCCGACGAAGGGGUGGCCGUGCUGGUGAUGCCGUGGCAGGACAACACGUCCGUGUCGUUCCUCGGCAACUCCGGCCUGAUGAAGACGCACGACGAGGAGACCCGGAGGUUCUUCGAGGGCACCAACGUGAGGUGCUUCCUCUGCCCGCGCAACGCCGACGCGUCGCUGACCAUGGUGCAGCAAGUCGAGACCAGCACCGAGUUCACGCACCACCAGAAGACUGUCACGCUCGACGCAGCCACGCCGGGCGCCGACGAACGCCACGUCGUCAGCUUCAUCGGCGGCAUAGACCUCUGCGACGGCAGGUACGACGACGAGAACCACACGCUGUUCAGGGACCUCGACACGACGUACGUCCACGACUUCAUGCAGAACAACUACAAGCACGCCUCCCUGCAGCGCGGCGGCCCGCGGGAACCGUGGCACGACGUGCACUGCAGACUGGAAGGUCCCGCGGCGUGGGACGUGCUCGCCAACUUCGAGCAGCGGUGGAGGAAGCAGGCGCCGGAGAACAUGCGCGGCUGCCUGCUCGAUCUGAGCCCGGCGACGUUCCCCGACCCCAUCAGCAACGACCCGUGGAACGUGCAGGUGUUCCGGUCCAUCGACGACGCGUCGGUCGUGGGGUUCCCCUCCGACCCGGCCGAGGCCGCCGCGAUGGGGCUGACGAGCGGCAAGGACGUCACGGUGGACCGGAGCAUACAGAUCGGCUACGUCGAGGCCGUCCGGCGCGCGCGGCGGUUCAUCUACAUCGAGAACCAGUACUUCCUUGGCGGGUGUGCGUCGUGGGCGGAGGACAGGGACGCCGGGUGCCUGAACCUGGUGCCCGUCGAGAUCGCGCUCAAGGUCGCCGCCAAGAUCCUGCGCGGCGAGCGGUUCGCAGUGUACGUCGUAACGCCGAUGUGGCCCGAGGGCGUGCCGGCGGGUGAGGCCGUGCAGGCCAUCCUGCUCUGGAGCAGGCGCACCGUGGAAAUGAUGUACGGCAUCGUCGCCAAGGCCAUCGACGACGCCGGGUUGCGCGGCCAGGCGCACCCCUGCGACUACCUCAACUUCUUCUGCCUCGGCAACCGGGAGGAGCCGCUCCCCGGAGAGUACUCGCCGCCGGAGACGCCGGAGGAGGACACGGACUACUGGCGCGCGCAGGUGAACCGCCGCGGCCCCAUCUACGUGCACGCCAAGCUCAUGAUCGUGGACGACGAGUAUGUCAUGGUCGGCUCGGCGAACCUGAACGAGCGGUCGCUGGCCGGCAACCGGGACAGCGAGAUCGCGCAGGGGAGCUACCAACCGGCGCACCUGAACGGGCCGUGCGGGCGGGCGCGAGGGCAGGUGCACGGGUUCAGGAUGUCGCUGUGGCACGAGCAUUUCAUCAUGGGCCGCCAUGCCAGUGAGGACGCCGACGACGGAGUCUUGUUCCUGGAGCCAGAGAGCUUGGAGUGCGUACGCGCCGUGCGGCGACCGGCGAAGAGGCUGUGGGAUUCGUACACGCAGGACAGGGUGGAGGACCUGCCGGGGCACCUGCUCCCGUUCCCGAUCACCGUGUCGGAGUUUGGCGAGGUGGCUGACCUGCCGGCCGACGGGUGCUUCCCGGACACGAGGGCGCCGGUGAGGGGGAGGAAAGCGGUGAAGCUGCCGGACAUCCUGACAACCUGA